CAUUACUACCCACUACCAUUUCCUCUCAAUCAUCUGAUGGGGUAUGCGCGGUGGAAUGAAGGGUACUGGAUUACAGCAUUACUAAUCGUUACGAAUGCUAACCAGUUGCUGCAUCGCCUUGCCCCUCCGCAUGCUUGGCGCGUAUGCAUCGCUCAGCCUGGCGGGUCCUGUCACUACAUAUUAAUGUUAAGGGCGACAAUUUUGAGAAAAGGCCCCUAAGCUUCCAUGCUAGGAAAUUGUCUUUACGAUGGCUUCGACUACUCGUUUCUCCCUGCUUGAUUCAUGGGCUGCCAAUCUGGACAUCCUGGAACCACAUGAUAUACACACGACGAUUCAUAUUGAGCAGGAUAAGGAUUCUAAAGUAUCGUUCAAAGAAACGCGAAUAACUAGUGGAGCGAUCCCAAAUAUGUGCGAAAUGGCACGUACCGACAAAGAUGCUACUUGGUUACUUCGCCUCGUGGUUACCCCCCAGAAAUACGAGCGUGUACAAACGAGGCGCAUCCCUUACUCGGAGGCCACCAUCGAAGCGUUCAAGCAACACUGGAACAUACCCGACAUCUGCUUCCAAGCACCAUUGCAGACAGAAACAUGCUGUUUCCAAUUCUCUCCGAUAGCGUGUGAUCCAGCAUGGAGCGGAUUCUUUCUACAUUUGACUUACGGCCUCUCCUUCACUAGCACAGUGAUCAUAACACACAACUCAGAUACUCGCUCUACCUUUGGGGUAUACUCAGGCGUCGAUCCCAGUCAAGUCAGCCAUGUGGUUGAAAAACUUUGCAGAACGCAGAGCCACGCCUUCCAACCUGAACUGGUGCCGCUGUGUAUAAUGGAUCUGGCCGUAACUCAAUUGCGCACCUUUUGCUACAAGACAUACUCCGACUUCCUCCCCAUUCGAGAAGCGAUGGGCAUUAAUCUUUACUACUUUCCAGCGCAAAACUUCCAGUCACCCGAGCUGACGCACAUGCCUCAGAAGCUCACAGCGCUCAUAAACGUUGCUGCAGGCAACGCCGCAGCUCUUCAAAGUACGUCUGACAUCAUCCACUACCUAGGGAGAAUAUUGCAGGCAGUACAACCUCCGACUCAGCUAGUCGUAGAUAUGCGAGAUCACUUGGCCUUCCUGCAGCAGAUACUAGACGGAACACGACGCAAAAACGAGUAUAUGAGGGAGUCGGUUCAAGGCAUUGUACAAAUGGUUUAUGCCGUUCUUCAACAAAAAGACAACGAGCUCAACCACCGCUACGGCGCUGACAUGCGCAUGGUUGCAAUAGUCACUCUUCUCUUUCUUCCGGGAACGUUUGUAGCAACGCUGUUUAGUGCAAGCUGUGAGUGAUGCUAUCCCAUUCACAACUCUAGCUGUCAGACCCGACACUCUCGAGCCCAUUCGCAGAAAGCCGUGCCGGCGAAUUAUAUCUUGACUCAACGCUAAUAUAAUCUGGCAUAUCUAGUCUGGGACUUUUCCCCUGGUAACACGGGCUCUAAAGUUUCAGCAUGGGUGUGGUUGUACUGGGUAUGCACUGUGGUAUUGACAGUGGUUGUUCUUGGCAUUUGGAGAGGUAUUCCUCUUUUAAAGGCACUCAGGGGAUCACCGAAAACAGCAUUUGAAAAAGAGGUGUAGUGAAGGCUCUCUUUGAGGGGUUAGCAGAACUUGCAGGUGUAGAUUGCAACAACGGCUUAACAGAACUAUCUAGCAGUUAAUGAAC